AAAUUCCAGACACUUCUGGAAGGCUUGGGUAGUUGGAGCGGAGGAGUGGUGGGAUAUAUAAAGAAGAGAAGCGCCAAUCACAGUCACAUUACUGCUGUUAGUUGUCUGCGGAAGGUUCGUUGCUUAGCAGCUGGGGAGAGCGAAUCAUCAACGCCUUCAAGAUGCCAGACGAAGUGCAGACAGCAACCCAGGACCAACAGAUGGAGGAGGAUGUGGAGACGUUUGCAUUCCAGGCUGAGAUUGCUCAGUUGAUGUCUCUGAUCAUAAACACAUUCUAUUCCAAUAAAGAGAUUUUCUUGAGGGAACUGAUCUCUAACUCAUCUGAUGCUCUGGACAAGAUCAGAUAUGAGAGUCUGACUGACCCAAGCAAACUUGAUUCUGGAAAAGAACUGAAAAUUGAACUGAUCCCUAACAAGCAGGACCGAUCCCUCACUAUUAUUGAUACUGGCAUUGGGAUGACCAAAGCUGAUCUCAUCAACAACUUGGGGACCAUUGCCAAGUCUGGUACAAAGGCCUUUAUGGAGGCUUUGCAGGCUGGUGCCGAUAUCUCCAUGAUUGGCCAGUUUGGUGUUGGUUUCUAUUCUGCCUACCUAGUUGCAGAGAAAGUCACAGUGAUCACCAAACACAUUGAUGAUGAGCAGUAUGCAUGGGAGUCUUCUGCUGGAGGAUCUUUCACUGUUAGAGUGGAUAACAGUGAACCACUUGGCCGUGGCACAAAGGUUAUUCUGCAUCUCAAGGAGGAUCAGUCAGAAUAUUUUGAGGAAAAAAGGAUCAAGGAGAUUGUGAAGAAGCACUCCCAGUUUAUUGGCUACCCUAUUACACUUUUUGUUGAGAAAGAACGCGAUAAAGAAAUCAGUGAUGACGAGGCAGAGGAAGAAAAGGAGGAAAAGAAAGAUGAACCUAAAGAUGAGGAGAAACCAGAGAUUGAGGAUGUAGGAUCUGAUGAUGAGGAAGAUAAGAAGGAAGGAGACAAGAAAAAGAAGAAGAAAAUUAAAGAGAAGUACAUUGACCAAGAAGAACUGAACAAAACUAAACCCAUCUGGACUAGAAAUCCUGAUGAUAUCACUAAUGAAGAGUACGGAGAGUUCUACAAAAGCCUAACGAAUGACUGGGAAGACCAUUUGGCAGUUAAACACUUCUCUGUUGAAGGCCAACUUGAAUUUCGGGCUCUGCUCUUUGUGCCAAGAAGGGCUCCAUUUGACUUGUUUGAGAACAGAAAGAAGAAAAACAAUAUUAAACUAUAUGUACGCAGGGUCUUCAUUAUGGACAACUGUGAUGAGCUCAUUCCUGAAUAUCUGAAUUUCAUGAGGGGAGUCGUUGACUCUGAAGAUCUUCCACUGAACAUUUCAAGAGAAAUGCUACAGCAAAGCAAAAUUCUGAAAGUUAUUAGAAAGAAUUUGGUCAAGAAAUGUUUAGAGCUUUUUACAGAACUGUCUGAAGACAAGGAAAACUACAAGAUGUUUUAUGAACAUUUCUCAAAGAAUAUUAAGCUUGGUAUCCACGAAGACUCUCAAAACCGCAACAAGCUCUCGGAAUUGCUGCGAUACCACACAUCAGCUUCGGGGGGUGAAAUGGUAUCACUUAAAGAUUAUUGCACGAGAAUGAAGGAAAACCAGAAACAUAUCUAUUACAUUACAGGUGAAACAAAAGAACAGGUGGCUCACUCUGCAUUUGUGGAAAGACUUCGAAAGCAUGGGCUGGAAGUAAUUUACAUGAUCGAGCCAAUUGAUGAGUACUGUGUCCAACAACUGAAAGAAUUUGAAGGGAAAACCUUGGUGUCUGUUACUAAGGAAGGAUUAGAACUUCCAGAGGACGAGGAAGAGAAAAAGAGACAGGAGGAGAAAAAGUCCAAGUUUGAGAACUUAUGCAAGAUAAUGAAGGACAUUUUGGAAAAAAAAGUAGAGAAGGUUGUAGUGUCCAACAGACUUGUGACUUCACCUUGCUGUAUUGUAACAAGCACAUAUGGCUGGACAGCGAACAUGGAGAGAAUAAUGAAGGCCCAGGCACUGAGGGACAACUCUACUAUGGGCUAUAUGGCUGCAAAGAAACAACUGGAAAUUAACCCUGAUCAUUCCAUAAUUGAAACACUAAGACAAAAGGCUGAUGCUGAUAAAAAUGACAAGUCUGUAAAGGAUCUGGUCAUUCUUCUCUUUGAAACUGCACUACUUUCAUCAGGCUUCAGUCUAGAAGACCCUCAGACACAUUCAAACCGCAUCUACAGAAUGAUCAGACUUGGUCUUGGAAUUGAUGAAGAUGAUGAUGCUACUGAAGACUUGUCAGCACCAGCAACUGAAGAGAUGCCUCCGCUCGAAGGAGAUGGAGACUCUUCUCGAAUGGAAGAGGUUGAUUAAGCCAAUUGCAUUGUACAUAGUUACCUGCCACUUCAGUAUGUUCCAGGCAAAUCUCUAAGAAUAGGUUUUGUAUUUUUCUGCAGAUUACCUGUUCUCUGCAUUCCGUCAAAAUAUUUAUUUAUUUUUGAAUGUUUGUUUUUGUUAAAUUGCACUGUUCUUGUUUUCAGUAAAGAAAUGCUGAUAUGA